AUGGCGAAUUACGCUACAGCGCGGACUCAGAACUUCAUUUACUGUAAAGAAAUUGGAUGGAGGCUCAGUGCUCCGACAUCCGGGUCGGCGCGGCGCAGGGCUCGCGAGCGCAGGCGCGCCGAACAAACGCGAGCGGAGGGCGAGCGGCUCGCGCGCGAGCGCCGCGAACAACGGGCCCGGGAUAAGGUUGAGCAGCAGAGACAGGCCCGAGAAGAGCUGGCGUCGUAUGAGCCGUGGGGACGCGCGGGGGGCGGAGCGCCCAACGCACGCGGCGUCCGGUUCACCAACCUUCGCACCAGGGGCAUCUACCCUGAGGACGAGCUUAGGGGCACAGCCCUGUACGAGGCGUGCCGUCGGUUCCCCACGCCGCGCCGGCGCUACCGCCGCACGCCGCUGCGCCUGCGCGAAGACCCGCAGCUGUGCUACGCCGAGAACCUGCGCAAGACCAUCGACAACGACGUACGGUACAAGCAGACGCCCACUCAGCAACAGAGCUACAGGCAAAUCUUAGAUGAGAUGGUUGAAAACCGUAGGAGAGCCAUGAAAGAUGAAAUCAAGGAAACUCUGGACUACGAACGCAGAAUGCACACCUUGGAUGGGCCUUGGGGAAAACCAGGCCCGGGCGGAGCAGUUUGGAGGAACCCCCGAGACAUUGGUCUAAAUUUCUCAAAGUCUAUGGGUUGGACAGAUAACGAAAUUUUCACAAAACUUCAAGGGGAUCACAGACUCUAUAAAAGAUCUUCGCUAACUUUACCUCAAGUAAAGAGAGACGAUGAUGCAAGAGAGCUACAAGAGAGAGAUUCAGCCGAAAAGGAAAAUACAAAACCUUCAAAUAUAGAAAAGUUGCCAGAGAUCAAACAUUCAAAAAGUGGUAGUCCAGAACAUAAGAAAACUGUUGUUGAAAAGGAGGUAAAAGAAGUGCCUAGUAAUGUUAAAACAAGAGGAAAACGUAGUCCGAAGAAGAACAAAUUCGUAAAAAGACUCUCGAAUGGAGACAGAGUCCAAAAGUUUGUUCCUAGCGAGGAUUCCGACGAGUAUGUUGUAGAUAAGGGUCAAAAUGUCGAGCCGGUGAAUGUUGGAGAAAAGAAGCCGACUCCAGAAGCGACAAUUCUUCGCGUGACGGGCGGGGUGGAGCUCGUGCCACUCCUAGCGAGGAGAAGGCGGGUCGGCGCGCGCACGCUGCCGUCGAGUGACGUCACCAGACCUCCCGACCAGUACUGCCAGUGGCGAGAAAUUGACGCUCAAUAUUUGAUAGACUUGAAACAUCAAAUGCAAGUGAAAUGUGAACAAAUUGAGGAAAAGCGUAAGGGUUCAGCCGAGAGUGUUCGACGCCACCACGAGACUUGGGAGUCAUUGUGGGGCCGGCCUGGCCACGGCGCCCCUCAGCGAGGAAAGUACGCAAGAAGCAACUUGGCGCAGCUGCUUUAUGUUGUACCAUUUGCUAAUGCCCAGUAAAUAUCAUUACAAUGGCUUGGCUGUUAGCGUAGGGCGCCACUACGCCUAGGAUUUGACCGCUUAAGUAUAGGGUUGGCCUAGCAAAGUCACCUCUCGAGAGAAGUACCUGAGAAGAAACCUUGCACAGUUCUUUAUUGUACAGGUAUUCUAGGUUUAGACCAUGCUCAACCUUACGCUGGUGUAAGCAUCGCUUUAAAUACAGAACUUUUCCCUUAAAGCGCUCUUAAAAUAAAACUGAGAUGAAAUGUAUAUUGCUAUAGUCACUUAGGUUUAUUAUUCAAAAAAUAAUAAUUAAUUAGUUAAUUAGCGUUUAUUAUAAAGCUCACACUUUCAAGAGACUUUAGAAAACCUGUUUUAUGAUCAAACUACUGUACCAUAUUCUUGGAAAUAAAUGUUAUCUUAUCUUAUCUUAAAAGUUAAAAAAACAUUAAAGACACUUAUUUAUUUUCCAAUAAAAUAGUUCGCAGAACAAUUUUCUAUGAUGGUACGAGUACCUAUGUAUGUGGGAUCAUUGAAGUGUAUCAGCCUUACAAGUCUCUAUUACAUAUUUUUUGCAAUCACGAAUAAAUUAUCAAAUUGUAGAUACUCUAGCGUUAAGUAUAAUAAUAGUGCCAAUAAAUUAAUCAUCAUGAAAUGGCGGUAGAGUUAGGAUAUCUUAGAUAUUAAUUAGGUAUUCUUUUCUUUCUUACCGACAUAAAAGUGAGAUAAUGUAAAAAUUACUAAUUAUGUCGCAGAAUUUUACCUAGGUAGCCACAUAAUAAACAAUAUUCACGAGCAUACAUAAAAGUCUUGCAAAUUAUUAGAAUUAAUAGUUCAAAAUUAAUAAUACUCAACUGUUUUUCUGUGUUGAAUUGUGUCUUAAU